AAAGCGCUUAUGUUAAGCAACCGUUGUCUAUCAAUGAGGUUAAAUGUAAUUUUGCUAAAAGUGAAACGGUGAAAAUAAUUUCAAAAAACCAUGUCAACCGCAAGUUCACAUCCUUAUAGUAAUCUCAGUUUAACAACCGAUCCCCUUACUACAUUAAUGAAACCUGAUAUUAUUUCAAUGUCAAAAAAUAGUCAAGUUAUAAACGGUGGCGGUGGUGAUUUGACAUCAUCAUCUUCUACCACAUCAUUAAAUCGUACAAAUCCCUCCAUAAAUUCAUUGAAUGUUAGUAGUCAUACAUUGGAUAAAGUAAAAGUUGCAAAAGUUACAUUGGAAUAUUACUAUGACAAUUUAAUUGUUCAAUAUCGAGAACGUCAAAAUAGGUACAAGAUUUUAGAGUCAAUGAUGGAAAGUGAAGGCUUAACAGAAGAACAAAAACAAAUCAAACGUACACAGCAUGCUCUCAAAGAAAGUGAAUUUCUUCGACUUAAACGAGCACGACUCACAGUUGAUGAUUUUCUACCUCUUAAAAUAAUUGGUAAAGGAGCAUUUGGUGAAGUAAGAUUAGUUCAAAAACAAGACAAUGGCUAUAUUUAUGCUAUGAAGAUUUUGCAUAAAGCAGAUAUGCUACAAAAGGACCAAGUGGCUCAUGUAAGAGCUGAACGUGAUAUUCUAGUCAAAGCUGAUAAUCCUUGGGUUGUGAAAAUGUUUUAUUCAUUUCAAGAUUCAGUCAAUCUGUAUUUAGUUAUGGAGUUCCUUCCAGGUGGUGAUAUGAUGACAUUGUUGAUGAAACGUGAUACAUUGACAGAAUCUCAAACUCAAUUUUAUAUAGCAGAAACCGUUUUAGCAAUAGAUUCAAUACAUAAAAUGGGUUUUAUUCAUCGUGAUAUUAAACCGGACAAUUUAUUACUUGAUGCAAAGGGCCAUAUUAAAUUGAGUGAUUUUGGCUUAUGUACAGGUUUGAAAAAAGCGCAUCGAACAGAUUUCUACAAAGAUUUAUCUCAAGCUAAACCAAGUGACUUUUCCUCUGGUCGUGCUGAUUCCAGGAGAAGAGCUGAAGGUUGGAAUAAGAAACGACGAAGAUUAGCUUAUUCUACUGUUGGAACACCGGAUUACAUUGCACCUGAAGUAUUUCAACAUCAUGGUUAUACAAAUUCUUGUGAUUGGUGGUCACUUGGAGUUAUUAUGUAUGAAAUGCUUAUAGGUUACCCACCGUUUUGCUCAGCUACACCACAAGAAACGUAUAAAAAAAUUAUGAAUUGGAAAGAGGCAUUAUUUUUUCCACCUGAAAUGCCUAUUAGUAAUCAUUCAAGAAACUUAAUACAAUCUUUAUGUUGUGGAGCAGAAACACGUUUAUCGAGUAUUGAAGAUAUACGAAAACAACCAUUUUUCCAUGCAGUUGACUGGGAGCAUAUACGUGAACGACCUGCAGCGAUUCCAGUGAAUAUACGUUCAAUUGAUGAUACUAGUAACUUCGACGAAUUCCCCAAUGCUGAUUUAAGUUGGCCUAAUGUUACAGAUCCUAUGAAAAGUUAUCAGAAAAACUUAGCUUUUAUAAAUUAUACUUAUAAAGCAUUUGAUGGUUGGACAAAUAAUGAUCGAAUAUUAGAUCGUCAAUUAUAUCAACAACAAAAAUCUCAACGUCAUCAAACUGCCUUAUCAUCUAGAAGUAGUAUGGUGUCCGGUUUAACUGGAAUAAAGAAUAACUCUUCAACAUAAUGAGUUAAUUCUUCAUUGAUUACAUAUUGUAUCACCUAUUUCCACCUCCGUUCCCCUCGUCACGUAUAUAUAUGCAUAUAACUAGUGUUUCGUAUCUUUACAUCUUUGUACCUAAUCACUCAUAUUUCUCACAGUUUUGUUUCUUUUCUUUUGGUUAUUUUUGUGAAAGAUCUUUUCGUAUAAUUAAAAUUAUCAAUGUCGUUUUAAAAGGGUUUGGUUAUUCUGUAUACCACUUUAAAAAAUAUACCUUUUGUCUUUCUAUGAACUCCUUAUUAUAUAAUCAUCAUUCUGUUGUAUUGUGUUUCAUAACAUUUUCGUUGUCCAAUCUUUAUGGCUCCCUUUUAUUUGUUUCUUUUGUCUCCUUUCUUUUUCUGCUUACCUUUUUUCCUCUGUUUACACGAAUGUUUGUAUUUCUUCUCUCUUUUCUGAAUUGAAUUAUUCUUUAAAAUGGAAGAAAUAUUGUUUUUGAAUAUGUACAGUGUAAUUGGACUGUUAAGAUGAAAGUUCUUGGUUGUUGAUUGUUGUUCCAUUCAAUUCUGUUUGUUGUUCUCCUGUAUUCUAAAUUAUCCUUUGGAGUACUAAUUAUCGUUAACUUGCAACCAUUUUAAUGUAUACUACAUUCCCGUGUUUCUUCUAAAUUGCAUUCCUUGGACAAUAACAUAUAACGUUCCAUAUUUGUUCAAGUUAUAGUUUUUAUUCUGCCAUUAUAAAUGUGCCUUGUUUCAUAUUUUUCUUUCUUCUUUUUUAGGUUGUUACUCUCGUGUUACUGCUUUCUCUAUAUUCUUUACUUAGUUCUUGUAGAAUUUUUUCUCUGUUCCUAUCUAAUCUGUUUUGUUCUGCCCAAUUCUAAUGUUUCGUCUACUGUUUAGCUUUUUUUUGCAUUAAUGAACUGCAUUAAGGUACUGUAAUUUUAAUUCAGACUUAGUUAUUUCAAUACUAAGUUGACUAAUGUCUGUUUGUAUGUUUAUCUGGUGUUCAGUCCAUCUAUUGUCUGUAAUUAACUAUUAGUUUACUAUUUCUAUAAAGAGAUUAUUAUUAUUCAUUUAAACCAAAAGGUAUAUAUUUUUGUCUACUACUACUACUACUACUACUACAAAUAAUAGUACUUCAACAACUUAUACCAUUGAAGUGAACAAACUAAAUUUUCUUUGCACUUUUUGGUAGUUCCAAUGUUUUCUUAGAGUUAAUAAUCACACCACUCAUACGAGACAACUUUCUCUCUCUCUAAACUUCUAGUUCAUAUUCUGCUUCUUUUUCAAGUUCUCCAUAGACCGCUAAUUACCACAACAUCGAAAAUCAUUGGUGUAAACGUGUCAAGUCAAUUUUUACUAUAUUAUUAAUAUAUUCUAUAAAUAAUGCUCAGAAACAGAGAUUUUCGUUCUGUUUAUACAGAAAAAAAAACAUUUGAAAUUUGCGCUCAUCGAUCGUCUUUAUUGUUACGAUUGAAAUAUACAACCGGUUGUUGAUGAUGAUCUAUCUAUUCUAAAAGAACAAAAGCUUGAAUGGUAAAUCCAUAGAAAAAAUCAUUGAAAUCAUUUUGACUAAUGUCUAAUAAUCGAUUGAUAAUUAUUCAACCAUAUCUCUCACAGUAAUGGGUAUAUCUGUCUAGUGGAUAUUUCAAUCAUUCACACACAAAAUGGAUGGUGGUUGUGUGGUAACUUUCUUUGUUGAUUACGACGAAUCUUGGAACAAACUACUACGUUGUCUUGGAUAGAGUUUCUUUUUUAAUCCUCUCUUUGUUUAUUCACAGAAAAAAGUGAUACUGUUUUGUUUCUCUAACCUAUCUUUUCGGUCUUUUCUGUCAAUUUACUUGGAAUCUGUGUUAUUAUUGAUUCUCAUUAUUAUUAUUCCUCCUUAAUAUAGACACUACUUAUUUAUCAUCAUUUUUAGUGUUCUGUGUACAACAGAUGAUGAAUAAAAGAAUUGUAAUUCUAUUGUAAUAAUGAUGAUAUUUUUUACAUUCAUUAUUUUUCAUAUCAGGAUGAAAUUUAACAGAAGAACAUAUUUUAUUGUCAUCUCUGUUUAGUGAAUCUAAAUCAUGAUAUAUUAUGAUUCAAUGUACGAGCAUGACUUUUUCCGUACUAAGACUAAUAAUCAAUAAGUUGCUCUUAGCAAAAAUGACUACUGUCAAUCAGUUUCUUUUUUUUUAAUUGGUGUAAGAAAUCAAAGCGAACGAAAUUGAUUGGAAAAAAAAGAGUGAACAGAGAAAAAAUAAUCUUUCAUAAAAUCAUAAUAAAUUCAUCGGUUUUCUCAGUAGCUUGCAUCACAGAAUCAAUUAUGCAGAAUAACUAAUCAAAACGAUAAACUAAUAUGGAAAUUAUCAUUAAUUCACAAAUAGAAUCCUGUGAGUAACUUCUAGUUAUCGUCGGGAUUCUAGUUAAAGUUAUGUAGUGAAGUAAUGGAGUACUGGUUAAUGGGUUCAACUUUCAACCAUUACAAGUUUCAGUCUCACUUCAUUCACCUCGGUUUGACUAAUCGGAUGGCAUCACUAGCAUUUAUUGAAAACCGAGUACACUGGUCUAUACUUCGUAGAAAAAUAUAAUCAAUCGUAAAAAUCACAAACAUCUUGUGUUAAUUAUUGUUAAUUAUUAGUGUUAAUUAUUCUUGAUUUUAAAUUUUCAGCUCCAGAUAUUAUUCCUUAUGUCGUUAUGGUUGGAAAAGUCAAUCAUUCAUCAUAGUGUAUUAUUUUUUACAUCAGUACAACGUGAUCAUCAGAUUGUUGGUUAGUAAUUGAUCGUAAAAUGCGUCAGAGUAAUGAUUUUUUACAGAAAUCAAACAAACUGCCACGUGCAAUGGCUGCUUUUUUUCCUUAACUCAAGUCCACACUAUCAUAUAUUAUCGACAACUUCAUUUCACAAAACAAUCGAUAAUUUUUGUAUGAAGUAACUCAUAGUUUAUCGAGUUAAAACCCGGCCUGCUGUCUAGAUCUCUUCGUCUGAUUAUGCCAAUAAACUAGGCGGAAAAAUGUAAAUCUCCACACGAAACCGAAGCUCCUGAAUUCGGGUCACGCGUGCAUGAUCAUGGAUGAGCACUGUUGAGAAGUCCCAUACUAGGACGAAACGGCUGUCCAGUGAUCCUAGGUCUUCAAUGGUGUUCUAGCUUAGGUGAGCUCAUGAAUUCAACUUACAAUUAUAUGAAACUUAAUGAAUGUUAAAAAUAAAGAACAAUUCUUUCAAAUGUCUACAAAGUUUGUUAAUUAAAUAAAACAUAUACUUCGACAACAUAUUCUACUUAUUUACUUUCAAUAUCAGCUGUAUAAUAAAGGGUUAAGACCGACAAAACAAUGCAAGUGAUAAUGUCAAUUCAUAUCUCUUCAUUCUACUAGAAGGUAAAUAAGUCAGUAGACAAAUCCAUUACUAUAUCUAGUCUAAGCUGAUAGUCACCAUUUUACGUUUUGUGCUUAUAAUUUCUCAAAAAAAGUAAAUUGUGAGAAUCAUUGUGAUUUUAUGUUUUGUAAUUUAACAUCGAUAUUAUAUAACGAC